ACCCUCGUGUCAGUGUUCUGCCUGUGUGGUUCAGGCGAGCUUGGUGUACAGACUGGAAAAGACGCGCAUCGAGUUGCUUCAUCACGAAGCUCAAACUUUUCCGCAAUUUUUAACCUUCUUCGGACUCGGGGGGAUGGUUUCGGACCUGUCGCAGGAGUCGUCAGUCUGUUUGCUCGGUCGGGACUGGCAUGUUCAGGAGUUUUUCUGCGGUUAAAAACAAAGUCCCGGGGCUUUUGCUUUCCAACCUGCAGUCGGACUGGCGUUCCGAUCCAGUCCUUCUCCACAGCGUCAGUCGACCGUGAUCGCCCGACUUCCCGGCGAGCUCACUCGGGAGAUGUGCGUACGGCUCUUCCCACGGCCGGGACUCUAAUUUCGUCGUGCGACGUCGGAAUCGCUGCGCUAGAUCGCGAACGGAGGAGUGCUGGACGCGUCUGGACGAAAUACUGCUCCCCUUCGCGUCCGUGGCGGACGAGACAAAAGAGGAUAAGGAGCUGAGCGCCCUGUCUUGGUGCCCGGGACCGGCCGUCGUGUCCCAGCGCCUUGUGCAGGGAGGGGUGGGGGCCGUCGCUCUUCCUCUUGGAUUACCGAAGUGUGCGUUUCCUGGAUUUCCAAUUAAAAAGAGGAAAGGGGGGCCAGAAAGUGGGGGAUACCUUCAAGAUGUAUCCGCAGGGCCGGCAUCCGGCGCCACAUCAACCUGGUCAACCAGGGUUUAAAUUUACUGUGGCAGAGUCCUGCGACAGGAUUAAAGAUGAAUUCCAGUUUUUGCAAGCCCAGUAUCACAGUCUUAAGGUGGAGUAUGAUAAGCUGGCCAAUGAGAAGACGGAGAUGCAGCGUCACUACGUCAUGUAUUAUGAGAUGUCCUAUGGGCUGAACAUUGAAAUGCACAAACAGACUGAGAUUGCAAAGCGGCUCAACGCAAUCCUCGCUCAGAUCAUGCCGUUUCUGUCACAAGAGCACCAACAGCAGGUCGCACAGGGUGAACGUGCCAAACAGGUGACAAUGACUGAGCUGAAUGCCAUCAUCGGGCAGCAGCAGCUCCAGGCCCAGGCACACCUUUCUCAUGCGGCCCAUGGCCCCCCCGUGCAGCUGCCCCCACACCCCACCGGGCUCCAACCACCCGGCAUCCCCCCCGUGACGGGCUCCGGCUCUGGCCUGCUGGCAUUGGGCGCCUUGGGCAGCCAGGGUCACGUCCCCGUCAAGGACGAGAAGAACCACCAUGAUCUGGAGCACAGAGACCGUGAGUCCAGCACGAACAACUCUGUAUCACCGUCGGACAGCCUGCGCGCCGCCAGCGAGAAGCACCGGGGCUCCUCCGAGUACAACGUGGACUCGAAGAAGCGCAAAGUCGAGGAGAAGGACAGCAUGAGCAGAUAUGACAGCGACGGAGAUAAGAGUGACGACCUGGUGGUGGACGUGUCUAACGAGGACCCCGCCACCCCACGGGUCAGCCCCGCCCACUCCCCUCCAGAGAAUGGCCUGGACAAAUCGCGGGUCCUCAAGAAGGACGCCCCCAACAGCCCUGCUUCAGUGGCCUCAUCCGGCAGCACGCCCCUAUCUAAGACCAAGGAGCACGUCCAUAAUGACAAGUCUUCCACACCUGUCCUGAAGUCCAACACACCUACCCCACGCAAUGAUGCCCCCACCCCGGGGACAAGUGGCAACCCUGGACUCCGGCCAAUUCUGGGCAAGCCCCCUGGCAUGGAGACGAUAGCUCCGGCUCUGAGGACCCCGCUAUCCAUCGCUGGGUCCUACGGCACCCCGUUCGCCAUGAUGGGUCAUCACGAGAUGAAUGGUGCCCUCACCAGCCCUGGGGUCUAUGCUGGCCUGCACAUCUCGCCCCAGAUGAGUGCUGCGGCUGCUGCCGCCAACGGCCGCUCUCCCAUGGUUGGGUUUGAUCCUCACCCACACAUGAGACCCCCGGGCCUGCCCGCCAGCCUCACGUCCAUCUCCGGAGGAAAACCGGCGUACUCAUUCCACGUAAGCGCAGACGGGCAGAUGCAGCCGGUGCCCUUCCCGCCCGACGCCCUAAUUGGGCCCGGCAUCCCGCGGCAUGCGAGACAGAUCAACACGCUGAGUCAUGGCGAGGUGGUGUGCGCAGUCACCAUCAGCAAUCCCACACGGCACGUCUACACCGGCGGCAAGGGCUGCGUCAAGAUCUGGGACAUCAGCCAGUCUGGGAGCAAGAGCCCUGUGUCCCAGCUCGACUGCCUGAACCGGGACAAUUACAUCCGGUCCUGUAAGCUGCUUCCGGAUGGGCGCACGCUGAUCGUGGGCGGGGAGGCCAGCACACUGACCAUCUGGGACCUGGCCUCGCAGACGCCACGCAUCAAGGCGGAGCUCACCUCCUCAGCGCCCGCCUGCUAUGCUCUGGCCAUCAGCCCUGAUGCUAAAGUCUGCUUCUCCUGCUGCAGCGACGGCAACAUCGCUGUGUGGGACCUGCACAACCAGACCCUCGUCAGGCAGUUCCAGGGCCACACGGACGGGGCCAGCUGCAUCGACAUCUCUCACGAUGGAACCAAGCUAUGGACAGGGGGGCUGGACAAUACGGUGCGGUCCUGGGACCUGCGGGAGGGGCGGCAGCUGCAGCAGCACGACUUUACCUCCCAGAUCUUCUCCUUGGGCUACUGUCCGACGGGAGAGUGGUUGGCCGUUGGUAUGGAGAGCAGCAACGUGGAGGUCCUGCAUCACACCAAACCCGACAAGUACCAGCUGCACCUGCAUGAGAGCUGCGUGCUCUCGCUGAAAUUCGCCUACUGUGGUAAAAGGUUUGUGAGUACCGGCAAGGACAAUCUGCUGAAUGCCUGGAGGACCCCCUACGGAGCCAGCAUAUUUCAGUCAAAGGAGUCCUCGUCCGUCUUGAGCUGUGACAUCUCUGCAGAUGACAAGUACAUCGUCACAGGCUCCGGUGACAAGAAGGCGACAGUCUAUGAAGUCAUCUACUGAGUCCUGAAGGGGGCACAUGGCCCUUGCACCAUGGGCCCUGGUGGCGAGAUCUUCACACACGUGCACACACACGCACACACACCUGCUGGACCCCACCACUGGAAUCAAGGUCUUGGACACACGUUUGACUGGGUUCUCGCAUUCUCACCCGUUUUGACAUCCUGUGUUGGAAGCCCCCCCCCCAACUGAGCGUGCUCCCUACUGCACCAGAGAAGUAAAUAUUAUCUGGCUGUAAACCCCACCCCCUCCCCCGCACCCAUAUUUCCUUCCUCGGAUUGUUUGAUUUUUUUUUUUUUUUUUAACGAGAAGAACUUUCUGUAAAGCUGCUGGAAGCAGCUCAGUUUUUUCCUUUUUUUUUAAAUCGUGCUCCCUGGAAGUCUUGUGAAAAGUGUAAAUAUUGGAGUAAUAAAACAUUUUAUAUAUAUAUAUAUACA